GUUUAUGGCACAGAGGUCUCCAAACGGCUGUAUCCAGUUUAGUAGUUUAUGAAAAUAAACUGCUUGUUAAUUGUUAUUAUUUCUGCCCCUCCGAGUUAUCUUAAAAAACAGCGAGUUUUCGAGACAAGAAGGUGGAGAUGAAUUACGAAUUUGGGCGAGAAAGUGGUUUUAUCAACAGUCAGCCGACGCUCGCUGAGUGCCUGACAUCUCUCACUAACCCUGCUGAUGCAUUUCAAAGUUCAUCAAUCAAGAGUUCGGCGCUUUCACAGUCGACACUGAUUCCUCCUCCUUUUGAGCAGACCAUCCCCGGCCUCAAUCCGGGCAUCCACCCACGCCACAGCCGCUCAAAGCAGGCUCUGAAAGGCUGCAGCCCGCUGCAGGCGGCAUCCCUGCGACCGGAGUACCCGUGGAUGAAGGAGAAGAAAAGCAUCAAGAGGAGCCAGACUCCUGCCUCUGCAGCUUCCUCGACAACGACUGACUCCUCACCACUCUACUUCUCCCCCCAAGGUUCACCAGAGAUACCAGAGGGUGGUGUUGGCGGUGGAGGGGCAUCUAGGAGGCUGAGGACUGCGUACACCAACACCCAACUUCUGGAGCUGGAGAAGGAGUUUCAUUUUAACAAAUACCUGUGCAGACCGAGGCGAGUGGAAAUAGCCGCUUUGCUGGAUUUAACAGAGAAGCAGGUGAAAGUGUGGUUUCAGAACAGGAGGAUGAAGCACAAGAGGCAGGCCCACUGCAAGGAGAACCGGGACAGUGAGGGGAAAUACGCGUGUGUGGACGACGGGCCGGAGGACGAGUUCGAGCAGGCGGCUGACGACAGCGCGGGCGCAACACUCCUGGAGAGGGAGAGGUAUUUCCACCAGAACGCCUUGACUUCACAGCAGUGUCAGAAUGGGCACAAUGGGGAGAACCAAAGCCCGACUGCUGCGCCUUCGAACAGCAAUGAGAAAAAUCUGAAACAUUUUCCAAACCCGGCACCCACUGUUCCUAUGUGCGUGUCAACAAUAGGGCCGGACAAUGACCAUUCCCCGAGCCUGGACGUCUCCUUGCAGGAUUUUCAAGUUUUCUCAUCCUCCUCCUCUUUCUCACCAACUUUGUCAGAUUCAGCACAAAGUCCUCUGCCUUUAUCAUCCGAAACGUUUGACCUGUUUUCAGAAACACUCACAACAAUCGACCUGCAAAACUUGAGUUAUUGAAACAUUUCUUUUAUUGUUUAAUUCAAACACUUGUGCCAGUUUAGCCUAAACAGUGUGAGGGUGAAAUCUUUAGCACAUCUAACAAAUAAGGUAAGUUAAAGCAAAAACAAGAAAGCUUCUAUUUUGCCGAGAUGGACUGUUUAUUCCAUUGGACUA